GAGAACGAGAGCUGUGGUGCAGGACACAGGGCGACCUAGUCGCAAAACAGAUCAACUUUCCCAGCAGGGACAUGCCAACCAUGACACGAAUGCAUCGGCACUCCAGCUCCAAUGCCGUGGUGGAGGAGACGCGCGGCCGCCGGCGCGACAUUGGGGGCGAGGGCGAGGCCAACAAGGAGAACUAUGGCGUGCACUUCAUGAGCAGCCCCUUCGGCAACGCCAGCCUGAUCGCCCUGCAGGACUUGAGCAAUGUGCACGGCAAGAGUCCGCAGCGGCGCAGCUUCAGCGAGGGCAGUGGACCGCGUCAGGCCACGCCGCAGCUGGCGGCUCUCCGCUGCCUGCCCCGAGCUCCAGUGGCCCCACUGGGUGCUGCUGGCCACGGCGCCGUCGCUGUGGGAUUGGGUGUGCCUGUGCUGGAAGACUCGCAAUUGUCGUCCUCGCGGAUGGGCGACACCACGCUGGAUCGCAUGCUGGACGCCAUCAUCGAGUCGGCGCGCAAGGAGGUGCGCUGCAAGCACACAACAGGAGCAGCAGCCGCAGCUGCCACCACAGCUGCCAGCACAGUGCUGGCCGAUUGCGGGGAGUGGAGCGAGAGCAGCGUCCACGAGAUGGAGGUGCGCACCCCCACCCACUUGAAGCGGCAGCGGGUGGUGCGGCGCAAGAAUCCCCACAAGACAGCCACCACAAGCAAGAGCCAGAGCAGGAGCAGGAGGCAGAGCGCGACGCCAGUCCAAAUGGAGCAUGUGCCCAGCACCAAGCGCUGCCUCAGCUUCUCCAGCUCCACGUCCAGCGACCUGGACGACGAUGAGCAGCUGGCCAAGCGCAGCUCGAUGGCCUCCACCACAUCAUCGAACCACUCCAGCGCUGCUGGCACUGCCGACAGCCAGCGGGGCAGCAUAGACCUGAGCAUCGUCUACGAUGCCAAGCAGCGCAAACUGAAUGUACACGUCAUUCGGUGUCGUGAUUUGCAGCGUUCUCAUGGGACGGGCACCAUUUAUGCCUACGUCAAGGUGGCUCUGGCCCCCCCCAGCCAGUGCACAGCCAUGAACUCUGGCUUCCAGCGCACCGCUGUCCAUCGCCACUCGAGCCGGCCGUACUUCGAUCAGCGCUUCAGCUUCCCCAUUCCGGAGGAGCAGUCCAAUCAGCAGCUACAGCUGGCCGUGUGGCAUCGGGAUCGCCAUUUAAAACGCAGCGAGUUCCUGGGCAGCAGCACCUUCCCGCUGAGCGAGCUUCUGGCGGAGAGCCACAGCGUGACCGGAUCCUACAAGUUGCAGUCACAGUCACAGUCGCAGGCGCAGGCAUGCCUUAGUAGCUGUCGCAGCAGCAGCAGCCGGAGCAGCAGGAGUAGCAGCAGCCAGAGCACUACCACAGCCAACUCCAGGAGCAGCAAUCAGGAAGAGCAGGAGCAGGAGCAGGAGAAGCAGCAAUCACUGGCAGAAGCAUCCGCAUCCGAUAUGGCCACCACCACAGCAACAGCAACAGCCACACCACAGAAGUCGUCGGCAGCAGCGGCUGCGGCGGCAGCUGCCGCCAUGAACCUGGACGAGGUCAUCAGCAUCAGCAUCGACAGCAUGGCCGGCACCACGACGGUGGGCAGGGAGGAUUGCCUGCUGCAGUCGCAGCAGCCGAUGAAGCUCAGCAAGAAGGCCCUCCAUCAGCGGGACGCGGACGAGAAUCUCUUUCUGCGCUUCCUCGAGCUGGAUCCGCCCGCCGAUGGCAAUGCGAACAGCACCACAAACGCCACCGGCAACAGCACGGCGAGUGGGGCAGGAGGCGCAGCACCAAGCGGUGCGGGUGGGGGUGGGGCGAUCGCCAGUGUCAUCUGCAAUGUUAAUGCCAAUGUGAGCAAUGCCAACCACCUGAACGGAGCCAGCGGCGGCGGCAGGCGCCAGUCGACCAUGGCCAGCGGCGGCAGUGGGGGAAGCGCCGGCAGUGGACACCGCCCGAUGGGACGCACCCCCUUCACGAUGACCCGGCGACUGACGCGAACGGAGGAGCGGGGAUUCGGCUUCUCGAUUGUGUGGACGCACCCGCCGCGCGUCGAGAAGGUGGAGGCGGGAAUGUCGGCGGACCGGUGCGGCAUCCUGCCCGGCGACUAUGUGAUCUUCGUGGACAAGCACAAUGUGGUCACGAUGCCCGAGGCUGAUGUUCUGAAUUUGAUACGAUCGCAGGGCUCGUCCUUGACGUUGGAGAUAUUCAGAAGGUCAGGCGCGGGCGCCACAAUGGCCAUGGACUCGGCCAUCACCACGGUCACAGUUGCCGCCACGUCCCUGUCCACAUCAACGGGCACCGGAACCGGAACCGGAACGGGCACUGGAACGGGCAUGGCCAUGGCAACGGGAAUAGGCAUGGGAGCAGGUCUUUCCCUGGCCCUGGGCAACUCCAACUCCAAUGUCAACGCCAUCACACAGCAGCAGCAGUCCCGCCAGCAGCUGGUCCUGGGCCUGGAGCGUGAGGAGCUCACCACCUCGACGACGACGAACAUGAUGAGCCUUCAGCGGACGGGCAGCUCGAGACCAGCCAGGCCACAGGCACAGCUGAGCAACAACUAUUCGCGUCCGGCCACCGCCUGCUCCGGCACCACCUCCUCCAUUGAGGCCGCCAAGCGGCGGCUCCAUCUGCCGCAGGUCACCUUCAGCAAGGAGUCGAUUGUGCCGAUAACGGACAAUCGACGUCGCUUCCUGCUGCAGCUGAUUAGCCGGGAACAGAACUUCACGGCAGCCCUGCACUUCGGGGUGGAUCGGUUUGUGCAGCCGCUGCUGGAGCGAAAGGAUCUGAUAUCGCCGAACGAUCACCGGACGCUGUUCCAGAACAUCGACGAGCUGCUGCGCAUCGCCGAGGACAUACUGGAGCAGCUGUGCAGCGGCGACCAGCACCAGCAGGAGCAGGAGCCGCAGAUGAACUUCGCCUCGCGGGUGUACCUGUCCAAGACGACGGCCAUCUGUGCGGCCUACAAGAAGUACUGCAACGGCAUCAAGCGGGCCGACUGUGUGCUGGUGAACAAGUCGCGGCAGACGGGCUCCGAGUUCAUAGCCUUCAUCACGGAGCCGGUGGUGCCGCGCAAGCGGCCGGAUCUCACCAUGUUCAUCCACCGUCCGCUGCAGCACUUCCGCGAGAUCCUCAAGCUGAUGCAGCUGCUGGCCAGCAACUGCCACGUGGACACCGAGGAGCAUAAGAACUUCAGCAGCGUGAUUGGGGAGCUGCAGGCGGCCUACCGCGAGAUCACCGUCAGCAGCGGCCUCAUGGAGCCCCUCGGCGAGGGCCGGCCCCUGCUCACGCUCCAGGACCUGGAGUCGCGCAUGGUCUUCACCAAGUGCAAGCCCUUCACGCUGGCCGUGCAGGGCCGCCAGUGGAUCUUCGGCGGCGAUCUGUCCCGCGUCGAGGGCCGCUCCAUCAAGCCCUACUGGACGCUGCUCUUCAGCGACAUCAUCGUCUUCGCCAAGGUCAGCCGCGACCGGGUGCUCUUCAUCACCGAGGAGCCCGUGCCCAUAGCCAAUGUGGUCGACUCCUGUUUCCACAUGCGCAAGAAGACCACCGAAUUCCGUCUGACUGUCGACCCCAAUGGCCGGCUAGCCGAGAGCCCCACGGGCUACUGUGCCCCCGAUCUCAGCCGGACACCCAGGCGGGGCGCACGCCGCAAGAGCCUCAUCCUGCGCGCCCCCUCCCUGGAGCUGAAGGCCGUCUGGCAGAACCUGCUGCAGCGCCAAAUAUUUCUGGUGAAUGCGGCCCUCGGCUCGACGCCCCUGUCCAGCCCCCUGGACUCGCCGGAUGUGCUGAACACGCUGGUGCCGCUGAGUGACAUUGGCAUGACCUCCGCCUCGAUGGCCUCGAUGAAGCUGCCAUCGCUGGACAGCAUCAACCUCAAGCAGCAGAAACAGCAGGUGCGUCUCUUUCGUAGCAAGCGCCUGGACAGCGGCGAUUCCUACGAGAAUCUGCAGCGGCUGGCCAGCGCCGUGCGGCACAGCUGCGCCACCAGCACCACCGCCAGCGCCACAACCAGUGCCUGCGCUGCCACCCAGACGCCGCUGCACUCCCACUCCCACUCGCAGUCGCAGUCGCAGCUGUGCUCCGCCUCGCUGCCCUCGCGCACCACGUCGCCAGCCCGCCUGCCACACGGUCAGGGUCAGGGCCAUGGCCACUCGAAUGGCUCCUGUGGGGGCUCUGUGCCCAAUGGUGUGGGCACCACGGCAGCGGGGGUGCUGGUGGGCGGCGGUGGGCCGGGCGACAGCUCGCUGCGGCGCUUCAACACGAACAGCUCAUGCCUGAGCAGCAGCGGCAGCCUGACGGGCCACACCCACACCCAGACCUCGGCCCCAUCCCUGUCCCUGCCCAGCGCCAGCUGUAAGUGUCUCACGGCCAUUCCGGAGGCCAGCAGCGAGCCCCUGCCCCCUUCUAUGCCUGUGCCUGCGCCUGUGCCUGUGCCUCAGUCGGUGGCCCCCUCGCACAAGCUACUCGAGUUCAGCCUGAGCUCGGUGGGGCGCUCGUUCAUCGACGAGGCGGCCAAUGUGGGCAUCGGGCAGGUGUCCCUGACCACCCCUGAGACGCCCACGCCCAACAUUUCGCCCAGCUCGCAGCCGUGCAACUCGGACGCCUUCUCCAAUGACUUUGUGCCACCGGCGGGCGGGCGGGCAGGCAACAUACCGCUGGCCGAGUUCGGGGGCUCGUGGGAUCUGCUGGAGCUGGACCUGCAGCUGCACGAGGUCAAUCUGGAUCCGUGCUACGACACGGAUGUGGAGGAGUGCAUCUUCCUGGGUGAGGGGAGAGCGGGCAGCGAUGGCCAGGACCAUGCCGACGGGGACAAUGACGAGGACAGCGACGAUGACAGCGUGGUGGUGGACGAUGAUCCCUUCGGCAUGCUGCCCACCAAGCCCACGCCACCGGACUCCCUGGAUCUGUGAUUUGACUUUUGGCUACAGACGGACGCCACUGCGACGACGGUGACGGUGACGGUACCGGCCGAUGACGCUGACGAUGACCCACGAGAUGGGCUCCACGACGAUCCCUUCCCGACCCUGCACAAUCUUUGAAUCGACGAGCUUAGACAAAACUACCACUGAUUUACCCCCCAACCCCAAAACUCUCUGGCCCAUUCGAUCUCUCUCUCUGUCUCUCUCUCUCUCUUGCUACCUCAUCGCUUGA